AUGGCGUGUCCUCAGGUUGCAAAUGGUGAAGUCGCCCUCCAGGUACAUAGGAUCAGAGAUGUUAGGCAGAGAGAAAUGCAUACAGCUGAGCCGUUAAUACCUGCUGCCAGCCCUUUUGGGGUUGAAAUUGCUAUUGCAAAAGUGAGAAUGUAUAAAUCACCAGGUAGUGAUCAAAUUCUGGCUGUACUUGUUGAAGCAGGAGACUUAUUGACCUACCUAGGUAAAUUAAAAUUGUACUCAAUUGUUUAUAAUUUUAAUUUUCAGUCUUGUGGCUGUAUUAUAUUGUUCAAUUCUAACUACAAUCAAGAUUCAUUAUUGGACUCCAUAAGCAAGUUCCUCAAGUUACAACCAGAAUUUCGUCCCAAGGACCUGAAAGAGCAGAUUGCUCCAAAAUGUAGAGUCCUCUACUUUCCAUUGAAGUUCCCUUCACUGGGACCUUUGAGAGAUUCAGACAACACAGUUCUCCAUUUAGUUUGGCCACACAGGUGGGAGUAUGAUAAAGUUCCUGCAACAUUCUUCCAUGUGUUGCUGAUGCUGGUGGAUGCUGGACUUAAUUUCUAUGUGUCAGUACUUGGAGUAAUAAUUAAUUCUUUUUCCAGGUUGGAAGCAAAAUAUUAUGGGUGCUUUCCUCUGUGUCAAAACGCCUUAGUUUAUCCAGACCCAUACCCAAAUGAAUGCCUUUACAGACGUGUACAACAACUCUUAAAAAUGGUUGAAAACUUUUGUCAAAAUCCAAAUUUGGCAAGACAUAUGAGACAUAGUCUUAAAAUGGAUUCCAAACGUUUCAGUGCUGAAUAUCUAUUCAAUGAAUAUAAGCAUGUUCUGUUGCUACACUUAUAAGACAGAUACACAAAAUCCAACACCAGUAUUUUCUUAUUUCUAUCACAGCAUAUGCUGACACAGUAUGGAGACUAAAAACAUACCUCAUAACAAAUACUGGUCAUGUUGCCCUGCCCUCUAUCACCAGUCAUCCAUGAACUGAAUAUCCGACAGAAGAAGAAUAGUUUUUGGCAGUGGUUGUGGCUGAGGUGAAAGCACAGUCAUGCUUUGCCUUUCCACACCCACAUUUGUAUUAUAAAAAUUGUAAGAAAUGUCCACAAUUAUACAGAAACAUGUUGUAUGUGGAUGCAUUGUAAUUAAGAAAGAAGAAGGAAGGAUGGAAAAGGAAGCAGAAAAAUUGUAAGGUAAAGACAUCUGAAGGUUGUGGUUGUUGUUUUAGGUCCAUACAAAUUUUUUCAUUUAUAGAAAAUGCAUUUAAAGACAUGGCUGAUAUAAUAUAGAGCAUGAGUGCCACCAUUUGUUCUAUAGCAUCAGUUUUUAAAUGACGGUACAUACUAAAAUGACGGGGAUACUAGCAAUGGAGCUAGAUAACCAAGGCGCAAUGAGUAGAAGUUGACAUGGGUGAUGUGAAGAUGUGUUAGGCCCCACUGAUUUUAUGUUGCCUCAAAUUCAUGAUAGUAUAUUUUACUUGCCCAAAUGUACAUAUGACCUCGUAAUAAUCUUGUAUACAAUAAUAAACAUUCUGUGAUAAUUACUCUUUACAGCUGAAACUACAGUUGGACAAGAUAUCCCUCAGCAAAUCAUUUGUAAGAACCUACUCAGCAUCAUUUAGCUUAUAACAGUACCUGAAAUAUAAUAUAUAAAAUCCCUUGCCAAAAGACAGGGCUAUGUUUCUGAAAACACCACUGACAGUAAGGCCUUGUCCUUACUUGAAUCUGAGAAUUAGGGAAAUAACAAGCCACUGUCAACACUUUAUAAAUCCUGACUAAGACAGGUAAAUUUUAUACAGUAAGUUAAAAAUAACAAACUGUCCCAACAUAAUGGCAACUCGACAGAUAGAAAACUGAUUUUAGAUAUAACCACAGACCUCAGCAUGCAUUCUCAGUGCUGAAAUGUAAGGUUUGUAGAACUGAAAUUGAUGUGGGAUUGUAAUUUAGCAAAAAAAAAAAAAAAAAAAAAAAAAGGGAAACAUGACUCUGAACAAUGUGUUAAUACAAGAGGUAUACUGGUACGAUAUUUUGCUUUCUGAUAGUAGUGACUACAAAGAAUAUUCCUAUCUCAGAUGUGAUGUCAUGUUCAGUUGCUAGGUAUCCAUGCUUCAGAAGAAUCUGCUGGAUGCCUCUAUCUUCACAGUAGAAAAAUACUCUACCCUGGAAACGG